AUUGCAGAUGCACAUAACAGAAAAUGUAAAGCAAUGUUCAAACUUCUACAAAUAUCACAUUUAUGAAAAGUAACUCAAAUAUUGCAACUUCACAUAACAACUAAAGAAAAAAAGAAAAAGGAAAAAAACAUGAAACAAAAGGAUAUUUUUAAAAAUCUAUAAUAAUUAUCAAUAUUAUACAUUUAUGCUAAAAAUGCAAUAAUGCAUAUCAUCGGGAAGAUACAUUGGAGUAAAAAGUAAGAUGAAAGAAAUUACAAACAAUAUCGCUAUCGUUUCACGCGGAAUGAAAGGUCGGGAAAAAAAGGCCAGGCUAAGAAAACAUUCAAGGUAUUCGAGCUUUCGCGUAGAAAGCCAAUUCGAUAGCGAUUAAAGAAACAAGACGACCCUCUUUACUUUUCUUUUUUCCGAGGAUCGGUCGCCAAGAUGACUCACAUCUAAACUGGAAGCUCCAACCGCAUCGUCCUCUCUCUGUAUACGUCAAGAGUAGCAGCAACUUAAUCGCGUUCCUCGAGAUCGCAAACGCGUCACGUAUAUAACCGAUGCUCGAGCGAUCUGUUCCCUCAAUCGUGAUCUAAGUAUCGCCGAGAACGGAAUUCGUUGUUGUGGAUUUCGAUAUCUUCAGUUGAGAAACUUUAAUCUUUGCGCCAUGUGGACUGCACUCGUGGUUCUGUUUCUGAUGGCAUCGUUCGAUGUCAACUAUGCGGUAUCAUUGAACGCAGAGCUUUCCGAUCCAACUGUGUCACGAUUGCUGACUGUAGGAGACAUACCAGACAGGCUUCCAAGGAAAUUCAGGGAAAACAGUCGAACUAGGAGAUUGCAUAUAGAAAAUCAACAUGGAUUUGAUGGGAAAGUGGAAAAGAUCCAUGUUAAUUCCGAAGAGGAUCUUCCUGGAAUUCGGGUGUAUGGAGUGCAAAAAAAGAAUUUGGAGAAUAAUGGCUAUAUUGAAAAGAAGACACAGGAAGAAAUUAUAAAAGAUAUUGAGGACACUUCGAGGGUUGCUCGUACGGUCGAAGCCUACGGAAAAACCAAAGAGCAUCUCGAAAUGAACGGUUAUAUUGAAAGGAGUAAUUCUCAGCAACCUCCAGCCAGCUAUCAAAUUCCAUCGAAUCAAAGAUCCAGAAUAACCAGAUCCAUCGAAGCAGAAACAAAGCAAGACGAUCUAAAAAAUGAUCCAGAAGACCUAGAAGCUCAAGAUGCCAAAAUUUUUAGGCCACUGUUCGUGUACAGGCAACAGGUGGCUAGAAGGCAGCAUCGAAGAAGAAAUCAUGUUCACAGUUUCCCAGUUGGUUGGAAAUCUUAUUACAACUAACAACCAGCUUACUGAAAUUCUUUCCAUCAAACCGCUUUUUUCUGUCUCAAUCGCUUGGAACAACAUCAAAAUGCGAUAAGGCAACGCCCGACUGUUUUACGAAAGAUAUGCAAACAAGAAAUCGGUAAAAUGUUUGCGUUGCGGAUCCUUGAAGUCGCCUAAUUAUCAUAAUAAUUAACCGAUUGAGUCAGCGUCACUUUGUGCCAUAAAAGAAGAAAGCGGUUGUUGAAGACUGGCGACUGGAAAUGAGUUACUACAAUGAUCGAAAGCGCGA